CUUCCUAGUCUUAUUAAGACCAUAGAAUGUUCCUACAGGAUAUUCAGAAUAUCUUUGAUGCCUAUUCUAUGUUCUUUUCAAAAACCCUACAAUGCAUAAUAACACAAUCUAUGGAGAACACUUGAGACUUGACAGGGCACUAAGCAAGCAAGACGACUAGGUACCAACUAAGUAGUCGUCGAUAGAUUUUGAAAGUCUCACAAAACCUGCAUAGGAGUGAGAUAACUUAACAUAGCUUGUUCCCAGCAAAUAAUUAAAAAAUAUCAAACACACUCAUUCAAAUAUUCUUUAGAUAAAUAUAGAUCGUGUUAUUAUCAUUGUUCAAAAAAUCAAUGUUCAUAUUAUUGAAUUCAAAUUCGUUGUACUGUGCACAACGUACCUGAAAAAUCUAGUAGAAGGGAAAACAAUAGAUAUCAUUAUUACCCGGAAAUAUUGAAUUUUGAUUUAAAUGGCGGCAACCGUGUAGUCUAAAACAAAUCUACUAUAAAAUUUGCUUAUUACAAGAGAUGAAUUAUAAUUAUAUCGUUAACAAGUAAAAAAAAAUUGUCACUUGAUAAAACUACUGUGCCUAUGACUGUGAAAUACUAAACCACUACAAAUAACCUACAUAAUUAACAGAUUUUGGGUAGAUAAGUAAUAACACUAAUAAUUAGCAAGAUAAACACAAAAUGAGCUUCAUCUCCUGCUUUUUUUUCUCCCUUUCCCCAGGUUUUUUCGGUUCACUCAGCGGCCUACAAAGUCUCUUUCUUUCAUCAGUCUUUCAAACCAAUUCGAUUCACGUUCACCGAGCAGCAAAAAUCCCCAUCGCAGAGCUCAGAAUUUCCCCUUUCUUGAUUUUUCCUCUCUAGAAGGAAGCCAUGAAGCCCCUCCGCUUGCUGAAACAACUCAUCCCCCCUCUCAUGUUCCUCAUCGUUCUCGCUGUGUCGACGGUUGUUUUCGCGAAGCUACGCAUUCUGAUCAACGAGACCGAGCUCCGCGUAGACUCCGAGAUCGACGUCUACAGCGAUACAUUCUACGCCGCAAUUGAGAAAUCCGGCAAAGCUCUGCUCCCAGGGAACGCGACCACCGCCACAUUAGCGACGUCGCUCGCCUCGAAUUUCAAUGGCUCACUCCCCACAUUCUCCGCUAUCAUGACUAAGGUGGCGCCGACGUUAUUCAUGGCCGUUUCCGCCAUACCAAAACUAUCCCAAGCUUCCUUCGCGAGCCGCGACGGCCUCUUCCUCUCCGUCUACAGAGAAGACAAAGACCGAAUCUUUCUGGUCUACUCGAACGCCUCCUUCUCGCCCACCUGGUUCACCCAACCGGUCAACCACGACACGGGCGAACCGUACGGGGUCGCGGUGGUCUCCAAAGCAAUGCUGACCCCGAACACUGAGUGGUUUCGCGCCGGGCUCGACGGCGACGGUGUCGUUUCGUCGAUGGGCCGGAGCUGGAAGGACGACCACGAGGGUAUGCUGCUCAGCACCGUGUCGGUCCACGGGAAAGGCGUCAUUUCGCUCGGGUUCGCGACGGAGACCAUCGUCGACCACUUCACGUCGCUGAAUUCCCGCGGUCUGUAUCUACAAUUGGCGACCCAGGAAGGGGAGGUGGUCGUCCGUCCGGCGGCGGAUGCGGCGGUGGUGAUCGAGAGGUUUAGCAACGGGGUGUUGACUGUGAGGAAUGGGGUGAAUGGGGAAAUUGGGAACUUGAGCUGCGACACCGCCGGGACGGUUGCAAGGUCGCCGGCGGGGACGGUUGCGGGGAUCGAAGGGUCGUUUUACUGCUCCACUCUGAUCAUUGGUGGCGUCAAUAUGGUUUACGUGCUGGCAUAUCCUGGAAGUGGAUUGAUGAGCCUGGUGGUAAGAAUCACCAAGGCUUCCAUCAUUCUAGUCGGCGUUCUAUUCAGCAUGGUGGUUCUGUCACUUGCUCUGUUCCUGUGGAAUGCGACCAGAGCAACGAAGAGGGAGCUAUACCUCUGCGCUUCAUUGAUCAAGCAAACAGAGGCCACACGGCAAGCCGAGCGCAAGAGCAUGAACAAGACGAGGAUUUUCGCAGGGAUCAGCCACGAUGUCCGCAACGCUCUGGCUCAGCUCGUGGCGUUGAUCCAGUUCUGUCAGGAGGACGCCAACAAUCCGGAUGUUAAUAAGGUUGCAGGGGAUCUCCAGAAGGUCGAGAAUUGCGCUCGCGACGCUGUUGGAAUGCUGGAGUCGGUUCUGGACAUCAACAAGCUCGAAGCGGGGAAGCUGGAAUUGAGAAACGAGGACUUCAACUUAGGCAACCUCGUCGAAGAGCUCGUCGACAGGUUCUACCACUUGGGGAUCAAGAAAGGGGUCGACGUCGUGUUCGACCCCUCGGAUGCCUUCAUCCACAAGUCACCUCACGUGCACGGCGACCAGACCAGGGUGAGGCAGAUACUGUCCAACUUGUUGAGCAACGCCAUCAAGUUCACCUCGGAGGGCCACGUGAAGGUCCGCGCCUCGGUGAAGAAGAGGAACCUGAGGAAGGACAUCAUCGCCUCCAACAGGACGUUCGCCUUCGGGUCGCUGCUGAGCUCCUGCUGCUGGGACAGGUGCGGCGUGAACGGGGAGAGCGAGCAUGAUACCCUGCAGAUGGCGGAGGCAGAGGAUCCGAAAGAGGUGGAGUUCGAGUUCGAGGUGGAUGAUACGGGGAAAGGGAUCCCCAAGACUGAAUGGAAGUCUGUGUUUGAGGACUACGUUCAGGCUACCAAUAACAACUCUGCUUCUCAUUCGGGUGGGUUCGGAUUGGGGCUUGGCAAUGUCCAAUCUUUGGUGAGAUUAAUGAAAGGUGAAUUGCAAAUCGUAGAGAAGAAAGAAGGGGAGAAAGGGACUUGUUUCAGAUUCAAUGUCUUCCUCUGCACAUCCACCCCUAGGAUAGAAGGCCAUCAACAACAACAGAGUCCUUCUAUCACGAUGCGUCCUUCUUCGUUUGCACUCGCUUCACCAAGGCGUGAAGAUUCUCAAGUGAUGAUCUUGGUAGAAGGGGAGGAGAGGAGGAAAGUGUUGAAGAGGUACAUGGAAAACAUGAACAUCAAGGUGGUCAUCCUCACUCAUCCGAGCAGCCUGUGCCAGGAGCUCGAGAAGAUAAGGACGAAGCUCGAGAUUUCUUCUCCUGCUGCAACAACCACCGUCGAUCAACGUCUAAGUCGCUCCGUCUCCAACAGUUCGGAUUCGGGAACAAGGAACAACCUUAGGACGAUGACCAAGGGUACUUCGUGGUCCAGAUUCGUCCUGCUCGUGAUUGAUGUCAACUACCAUCACGACCUGCACAGCCGACUGCUCGAGUUGAAGAGAGAGGGCGGCAACAAUGUCCUGUGGAAGAUCGUUUGGGUUCACGACCGGUUCAUGGUGCACGAUGGAGGCGAGCAGAGUCGACUGCUGCAGGAAACGCUAACCUCCGGUGGGGAUUACGUGGUGUACAAGCCAUUUCACGGGUCUCGAGUCAACGAGGUUUUGUGUCUACUUCCGGGAAGGAAUAAGUCGCCCAUCAUCCCUCAUGGCAAUGCUGCCAUGUUGGCUCCUCCAACUACGGUACAGUACCAACGGAUUUCCUCCAAUAACUCGAAUUGUUGUUGGACAAUCGAGCUGGGAGACCCUGCCAACUGCACGAUUUCAGAGACCGUUGGUCAGGAGGCCAUUUUGGUCAACAGCAGUGACGUUGGUGAUGAUGAAGAGAUGAAGAAGCAACCCUUGAAAGGGAAGAAGGUUUUGAUUGUGGAUGAUGUUUCUUGUUUGAAGACACUACAUGGUAGAAUGAUGAGGAAGUUGGGAGCAAGUAGCGUUGAAGACUGCACCAACGGGAAAGAGGCUAUUGACAAAGUUUCAAGUGCAUUGAGAGAGCAAAGCAGGGAAGAAAAUGGUGUUGAGAAUUGGGUGCCGUACUACUGCAUUUUGAUGGAUUGUGAGAUGCCUGAGAUGAAUGGGUACGAGGCAACGAGAUGGAUAAGGGCGGAGGAGGAGCGAAGUGGGCAAGCAGGGAGGAUCCCGAUAGUGGCGAUAUCAGGACAUUCGUCGACAGAGGAAGUGAACAAGAGUCUGGAAGCUGGGAUGGACUUCCAUUUGACCAAGCCAUUAAAACAGAAUGAGCUGUUGGAUGUUGUACGAAAGAUUAAUGUAAUGUGGAGUCAUACUCAUACUAGGCGGGAUUGAAUUGAUUGAUAAAUAAAUAGUUGCUUUUUCCUACACUAGCUCUACUUACUGUGCUUGUAACAAACACAAAUAGCAUAUUUUUUUAGCCGCAUCCAUAAAUAAAUCUACACGAUUGAAGAUGGGGGAUGGAAUUUGGAUUGUCAUCGAUGCUCAAGUACUUUAAUUUGUCUUAAAACUUUGAUUGUGGAUAGGGGCAACUGGGCAAGCUUCAUACCAUAUUUACUUGACGUUGAAUUUUCACUUUUAGGAUAAGUGAUUUUGAUUUCAACUUCCAUAUUGAUUUCACCCUUAAACAAAGGAUAUGGGCUAAU